UCCGGAAUUCCGAAGGCCCAACCCAGUGGGUUCGGUGUCCGAUGGGGAUUUGCAAUGCGCCUGCCACAUUUCAGCGAGCGAUGAACAUGACGUUCCAUAACUCCAUCAACAAGACACGGCUGACGCAAGGGAUGAUCAACUUUUGCGUGAUCGUGUACAUGGACGACAUCCUGGUCUACUCGGAAACCUAUCACGGGCACGCGCAACACAUCGAAUGGACAUUGGGUGCAUUGAGAGACGCGGGGCUCAAAAUUGCGCUUGAGAAGAGCGAACUUUUCCUCUCGGAAAUUUCAUUCUUGGGCUAUGUCGUGACACGUGGAGGACUGCGGCCAGACUCGAGAAAAGUUGGGGCGGUGAAGGAAGCUCCGGUUCGCACGUCACUGACGCAGGUUCGAGCCUUCUUGGGACUAGCGUCGUAUUACCGGCGCUUCAUCAAGGGCUUUGCCGCGAUUGCACGACCACUAACGAAUUUGUUACAGGAGGACCAGCCCCUCAGCUGGGACGCGGAGUGCCAGCAGGCUUUUGCAACUCUCAAGGACGCUCUGGCAAUGGCCCCUAUUUUGAUUCGACCGGACCCCUCGAAACAGUUCAUUCUCAUCACGGACUGGCAACAGGAAGCUAUUUCCACUAUUUUAGCACAGAAGGGGAAAGAUGGUCGCGAACACGUCAUCGAGUAUGCGUCACGAACCGUACCGGGCGAACGAAGAAACGACUCCGCACCUCAGGGUGAGUGCUAUGCAGUAGUUUGGGGAAUCCAACACUUCCAUCCGUAUCUCUACGGACAGAAGUUUCGCCUGGUAACGGAUCACGAGCCUCUGCUGGCGCUGAAGAAACUCACCAACUACACGGGCAUGAUUGGCCGUUGCGCGGUGCGAUUACAAGAAUAUGACUUCGAUAUCGUCCAUCGAAAGACAGAGCGACACGGCAACGCGGACGGGCUGACACGUCUGCACCGUCUUGCCAAGUUGGCGGACGAUCUCCCUCUCGACAUCAUCUCGCAGGAUGACGAGCACCCGAUUCCUCACGUGCUUUCUCGCACGUUGACGCCGUAUUUCCAGUGGUCUGCUUGUGUGGAGGGAGCCGCAGAGCACAUCCCGCCGUCACAGCAGCAGUAUUUGGAUCCCCGGACGGUUUGCAAUCCUGCUUUCUUCAGGCAUCCAAUGGCAAAACAGCUUGCUACCAUUCGAGAGGAGGAAGAGGAGGAAGAAAGCACUGAGAGGGACGAAGGAGAAGACGAACGGGAAGAAAGUGGGGAAAGCGACGAAAUAUUCGGGGAAGAAGACGAAACCCCCGGAGAAGGAAGUUAUAGCGAGCAUAGCGAGGGGAAGCCAAGCGAAGAAGAAGAAGAAGCAGCGAAGGAGAAGAAGGGCACGAAGAAGAAUCUGCUGGAUCGGAGUGGGAAGCCGUGCCGGAAGAAGCGUUGCGCACAGGAACAAAGGCAGAAGAUCCCAAGGAAGCUCGUAAAAGAGAAGAGAUCACAGUCGGGAAGACGGAGACUUGAGGAUAUCUGGUCCCCGCUUCAGAGCGCCAUAGCUGCGCAGCUGAACUCGUCCGACUCCAAGAACGUGACCGUUCUUGGGGCCAUCUCUUCUAUCCACACCGCCCUAACGGGCGCCGUCAAGCACCGUUACUUUCUCAACGAGUACUUCAUUGCCAGUCUUACAAUCACUCUCCUCACCUUCCUCGUCACUUCUGCGCGUCGGAUGGCCAUGUCCCUGACCGUCUGGGUUUUGGCAUAUUGGCGGUCCCAGGGGCAUUCGGUCUUCGUCGAGGAGGACAGCGAGGCGGCCACGUGGAUCACUGAAUGGCUGGCCGCGCGAACGGAGAAGCGCACGACGACGCAGUGGGAUCUGACGUGCACCUGGGAAUCCGUGAGCUCCGACAACGGGGAGGACGACGAUGGCGAUCCCGACGAGGAAUGGCAGCGCAAACCGCGAAUCUCCCUCACUCCCAACCUGAAGAAAGAACCCGUCAAGCUCCUGUACAAGGGCAACAUCGUGCACUUCGAGACGGACUGCCGAUCUGGCCGCGCUGGCGGAGGCAUGGGCCUGGACGGCGGCGGCGGCGGCGGCGACGACAUCCUCAACCGGCUUCUCGGCGCGCAGGGUCGGUCUUGCAUCCGGAUCCGGUCCGAAUCUCAGUCUGCGAUACAUAACCUGAUCCAGGAGGCAAUGGACACGUGGUUCGACAAGCAAACGACGAAGAAGAAGACGGUCAUUCGUCGCUACUGCAGCGGGGAGGAGUACUGGGAGGAGGUGGCUGAGCGGCCAAUCCGCGGCAAAGACACGCUGAGUCUGAACGAAGGAGACUUUGAGCGGCUAGUGCAGGAUGCCAAUCAGUUCAUUCAGGGCCAGGAAUGGUAUCGCAGUCGGGGUGUGCCGUACAGACGGGGAUACCUGCUGUACGGACCGCCGGGGACCGGGAAGAGCAGCACCAUCCUCGUCCUCGCCGGCGAGCUGAAGCUGGACUUGUCCAUAAUCGGUUUGUCGGACAGCAAGAUGGGUGAUGCGAGCUUGCGCAACGCGCUAGAUAGAGCCCCGAGGAGAUCCAUCGUCGUGCUGGAGGAUAUUGACGCGGCCUUCGUUGGCCGUUCUGGGGAGGAUAAACCCAAUUCCUUGUCCUUUAGCGGGCUUCUGAACGCGAUUGACGGUGUGGCGGCUCAGGAGGGUAAGAUUCUCAUCAUGACGACCAAUCACGUGGAGCGCCUGGAUCCCGCUCUGGUCCGACCGGGACGCUGCGAUCUGAAGAUGUGUCUCGGCCUCGCUAAUCGCGCGCAAAUCGAGUUCAUGUUCCGACGGUUCUAUCCCAACUCCAGUACGGAUAAGGUGAAGUCCUUUGCGGAUCAGGUGCCAACCGAUAAGGUAUCGCCGGCGUCGCUUCAGGCCUACUUCUUGCAGCACAGAGACGACUGCGAAGAGGCGAUAGGGAACGUGGAAGAACUGCUGUGUGAGUUCCAAGAGAACGCAGUACCGACACGUGCCUGGGAGACGGACAGUGGAGGAGGGGGAGGGGGAGGAGGGGGAGGGGGAGGAAGAAGAAGACGAAGAGAUCACGAUCACGACACAGAGAUUCGAUCGGAUAGAACAGCAGGGGAGUGUGAUAAGAUUUGUCGCCGUCGGGACAGUAGUAGGAUAGAGAAGAUGGAUGGCGGGAACGUGGAGGAGGAGGAGGAGGGAGAAGGAGGAGACGGGAGCCAUCUUGCGCAGGUCGGCAAGCAGAAGGAGGGGAACGUAGAGGAGGAGGAGGAGGAGGAAGAAGAAGAAGAAGAUGGGGAGCCUUCGGAGAUGUCCACUUAUUCCUUGUCCUGCUCCUCCGGCUAUGGCAGCCUGCCUUCUCCUCCAGCCAUGGCGGGCAGCCUUACCCCGAAGAGAGAGAGAGAGAGGGAGGCUGCCCUUCUCCUCGAUCGACGAAUCGCGAGGGAGAGGAGGAGCAGGAGCGGGAUAGAGGAGUAUCCUCCACUGGAAGGAGAGGACGAUGGGAAGGAGAGGAAGAAGAAGGACACGUGGCAGGCGGUGAUCAAGCGACGGCUCGAUGAUAUGGACGACGUUGAGAGACCGGAGAACGAGGAGUUGGUAGUUGGGAGGUUCGUAGGUGGUGGGGAUCGGGAUGGAGGGGAAGGUGGGGAGGGUAGGGGGAGGGUGAAGCAAAAGGGAGGGAGGAGGAGGUUGCGGUCGCGACCAGCGUUUGUUGGGAGCGAUUGGAAGAGAGGAGGAGGUGGGGUGAGGAGGAGGAGGAGGGGAGAAGGAGGAGGAGGAGGAGAGGGAAGGGAAGAAGAACAUGUGGGGAGGAUGGAUGUCGAGGAGGAGGAGGAGGAGGAGGAGGAGAAAGAGGAGGAAAUGGGGAUGAUGACGACGUUAUCGAAAAGUUUGUCAUGUGGAGGUGGCAGCUGGGAGGCAGCGGAUAUAGAUAAGUGUGAGGAGGAGGACGACGACGACGACGACCAGGAGGAGGAGGAAGAGGAGGACGAGGAGGAGGAGGAGGAGGAGGCCUCUUUGUCAGAUAGAUUGACAAACAGAUCGACGGAUGACGGCUUCUCAAUCUCAGAUCACGUCUGUGAAGGAGGAGGAGGAGGAGGAGGAGGAGGAGGAGGAGAAGGAGCAGUGUGAUCGGACCCGACAUUGAGGAUCUGUGGAAUAAGGAGUAUGACAUUUGACCUAG